AUGUCCAGCUACCUGUACAUCGUCAAAUCUGAAGUGCCUCUCGUCAUCCAGACCUUCCUCAACCUGGAGGAGAAGACCUCGGUCUGGUACAUGAAUGGCAACUACCUGGUGAUCCUGGUUUCUGUCACCAUUAUCCUGCCCCUGGCCCUCAUGAAGCAGCUGGGUAAGUCAGGGGGAUACCACCUGCAGCACCAGGGUCCAGCACCCUGGGGCUCCUGCGGGGUGACGGUCAUCUACAAGAAGUUCCAGAUCCCCUGCCCGCUCCCUGAGCAGGAGGGGAACCUCACGGGCAGCCUGAACGUCACCCCUGUCAGCACCAGCGACUACCAAAACGGCUACACUGUCCUCCAGAUGCCUGACCAGGGCACCUGCAUCCCCAGCUUCUUCACCCUGAACUCCCAGACGGCAUACACCAUCCCCAUCAUGGCUUUCGCUUUCGUCUGCCACCCUGAGGUCCUGCCCAUCUACACCGAGCUGAAGAACGGCUCGCCACCGUUGCCCGCAGGCCGAGUGGAGUCAGAGCUGCUGCACACGUACAACAAGGUGGACCCCUUCGAUGUGCUUAUCCUGUGCGUGCGGGUGGCCGUGCUGACAGCUGUCACCCUCACCGUCCCCAUUGUCCUCUUCCCGGUGCGCCGGGCCAUCCAGCAGAUGCUGUUCCAAGGGAAGGACUUCAGCUGGAUCCGUCAUGUCACCAUUGCCGUGGUCCUGCUGACCUUCAUCAACCUCUUGGUGAUCUUUGCCCCCUCCAUCCUCGGCAUCUUCGGCAUGAUCG